AUUUUUUCUACUUUUUUUGUUAGUUCAUGCUUCGAAAAAAGCCCUGUCAAUAUUGUAAACUCAGGAGGAGGAAAUGUGAAAAGCCCUCAGAUACAGGGCCCUGUAAACUUUGUUUUAGACUGAAAAAGAAAUGUAUACCAUCAGAAGAAACAGUUCCAGAGGAAUAUAGUCAUGAACAACAACUCGUAAACCAAAAAUACGAAAAACUCUACUUUCAAUCUAAAUAUCUCGAGAAACAGCUUGCCGAUCUCGACACUGAGAUCGAGAAAGAAAAGGCAUUGACCAAAGAAGAAAAACAGUGGCAGCUUGAAUUCAGACAUGGAAAGCUACACCUAAUAUCGAGAAUUAAUGAUUUUCAGGACUUGAUGCAGUUUAGCGAAUCUUCCAUUCGCUUCUUGUCGCCGUUUGGCAAUACAUUUUAUCCGGAUAAGCUGGAUUUUCGAUUGACGAAGUCUGGUGUAGUGGAUAGAUUAUUCAGUAUGAUUGUACAAAACUACAAUGAGUUACCAAUGUCUUCGUCUUCCCCUCAAAUGAUCAAGCAUCGUUUUGCCACUGGACUUGUGCAGUACAUUGACCCAGGAACAUUUGUGCCUCAAUUGAUUGACAACUACUUUACAUGUAACUAUAAUGCUGUACCACUCCUACAUGAAUCAACGUAUCGAGCACACCUCAAAACAUUAAAAAACCCUCUUACUGAUAUAGUCACCAUGAGUAUAUGUACAGUAGCUUCCAUAAGCUUCUGCACCAAGCACAGCAUAUUUGAGAUUGAUGAACGUCGUUUUAUGUCCGAAAUAUAUUACGAUUUGUGUAUGGAUCAAUUAUUGCAGACCUUCGACGAUCAGGAACGAGCAUUAGAAUGUUUGGUUUCUAUCAAUUUACUUCAGAGCUUUAUGAUGAUAACAAUGCGAUUUGGCGAAAGCUAUAAAUGGAACGCUAUUGCGGCAACCCUAACUGCCAAUCUUCAAUCCGAAUACUCGGACUUUUUGAAAGGCAAAGACCAACAAGACCUCAAGACACGUAUUCGUUAUGCUUUAGUGCAUCGCAAUGUGGCUCAUAUGCAGAAUGCCAUGGACUUUGAUGGAGUGAUUAGGAUGCAUAAAGGCAAAGAACUAAAUCUAUCAGACUAUCUUUAUUAUGACAUUUUACCAGACGACUCGGAGAGAUGCAAACGCAUGUUAGUGGCAACAAAUCAUUGGCUCAAUCUGUGCUAUCUUCCUGGAUUUAGGCGUAUUGUAGAGUUAGAAAUGCAGUGUUAUCGAGGCGAAAAGGUUGUGUUCAGAUUUGAAGAAUUGGUUCAGUUUGAGCAGACAGUGGCUCAAUGGUGGAACGCACUAUCGAACGAUUUAAAGAUAUCUCAAGCACCUUAUGGUCUUACCAAAGACGCAGUUCAAUCCUGUCAUGAUAUCACCAAAUUAUUAAUGGCAAUGGAGCUCUAUACCAAACUAAUGAGCUUUCAAAGUUGCUUGUUGUUUCCUGGCUCUAUCAAAGGUUUGCAUGACAUUUACAGUAUUGUCAAAGACAGAGCUACCUAUUUGUGUCUACAUAUUGCAGAGAUAUGCUUGGUUAUUGUCAAAAGAAUUGAUGACCUUGAGACAGUCUGCCUUGACCCAUUCACAUACGUCUUACGGGUCAUAGAUAUUUUGAUCAAGCUGAUACAAAUAGUAGAUAAAGAGAUGAAAGAAAAGCUACGGCACGUUUUACGCAGCUACUAUGAUAGAGUCUAUCGUCAGAAUAUCCCCAAGUUUGACCUGACAUCAAAUCAUACGCCUUAUGCUGUAUUGUCCGCUAUACCUGUUGAAUCGCUCACAUUGCCACUUGCUGAAUUAUACAAAGAAUACCCGCUACCAGGGCCUGCCAUGAUGUAUGAUGUGUUGCACCAUUCCCUGGUUAAGAUAAUCAAAGCACCUUAAUUUAUAUAUUUUUCAUUGAUAGAUCAUUUUCAGCACUGUAAUAAAUUCAUUCCC